UUGAUAGUAAUACCAUUCAAAGUAACAAAUCAAAGAGUCUAUCAACAAGAUACCCAAAACAUGAAAUCUAUCUUAGUCUUAGCUAUCUUCUUUCUCUUUUCUCUUCUCUUGUUUGUCAACCCCAACGAUGCUAGAAAAGACACAGGAGACUACUGGAAAAGCAUAAUGAAAGACCAACCUAUCCCGGAGGCAAUCAAAGAACUUUUUCAUCAAGAUCCACCAUAUCUCUUUGAUGCAACAAAGAAGGACCAUUUUGUUCUGGAUUUUGACGCUAGGCCUAAUGCUAUCAUAUAUCAUGCCAAAGAAGAGAAGCCUGAUGUCAAGGACUUUGAACCAAAUUACCAUGGUUCGGAGCUGAAAGAAGAGUAGUUCUUUGUUGAACAUAUCAAGCAGGGUUGAAGCUUCUAAUGCAUAUGUA